AACACAGGUUAACGUCUUUAAUUAGGACAAACUAAAUAGUUUUAGGGGUUUUAACUCUUUUGAGUAAAAUAACUAAUCCCCUUAAACAGGAUUACCACACUGCUGUCAAUCUUUGUUAAGUGGCUAUAGUCUCAAAUUGUUAUUGUUUGUGCUUCAGUCACCCUAUUGAACAUAAAAGGUAAAAUACAUUGUUUAAAAAUCUUUUGUUUGGUAAAUGUUUAAUUUUAUUUAUUUCAAAUAGCCCAUUAAUGUGUGGCAGUUAUAGAUCCAAAUGUGUGCAAACUACAUAUUUUUUCUGGUCAGCAAAACAAACAGUUCAUUGAACAGACUCAUUUUUGGCGACAAUAUCUUGAAGAUGUGAUUAAAUAUUAAGCUGUCAUCUUGCAAUCCUUGCUUUCUCCAGAGAUCUUGUAAUUAUGAUUUUGUUGUACCUUAAUCUGUGGGUUUAAUCUUUCCCCUUUUUUUCCCCUCCACACACUGACAUGAACAUGACAUCUGGAGAAGUGGAAAGAUGGUUUUAAGAUUUAUGUAAGUAGGUUUACAGGCAUGCUGAUGCACUUGGGAUAUGAUGGGUGGAGCUCUGCGGGGGGAGGCUGGUGGCUGCACAGUUACCCCCAAAAUCCAGCAGGACGGCCCAUCUGUGACGUGACGUGGGAGGGGUGUCCCGCACAAGCACCACUUUAAAAACCAUUAGCAAAGAUGCUCCAUGACAAGAAAGAGGGACAACUUUUCCAAACGAAAAAACAAGAUCAGAGACGGGAGGAAAACUUUCAGGAAAAAGUAGUCUGUAAAUUCUGACAUUUCUUCUGAACUUUAACCGACCGAUGUGGCUGCUCGGAUCUACUUCCCAAAUGAUGAUGAUGAUGAUGGAUGAGCGCAACUCUCCCUCCGCACGCUCCGUGCAGAGCCCUGGAAACAACCCGUCCACCGUCCACAGCAUCGAGGCCAUCCUGGGCUUCAAAGAGGACACCAUCUUCCACAAGUCAGUCGCUUACACGGGGUCACAGGAAGACCCGGAGCGCAGCGGGAACGUUAUUGUGACCCAAAGAAAGAAAAGUCAUUACACUGACAGCUGUGACAGUGUCUGCACCGAGGAAGCUACCGCAGGCCCAGACUCACCGGACAGAGACAGCAAGUUGUCCGACGACGAGAACCAGAAGAAGAAGCACCGCCGGAACCGAACCACAUUUACCACCUACCAGCUCCAUGAACUGGAGCGGGCCUUCGAGAAGUCCCACUACCCGGACGUGUACAGCAGAGAGGAGCUGGCUCUAAAGGUCAACCUACCGGAGGUCCGAGUGCAGGUGUGGUUCCAAAACCGGCGAGCCAAGUGGCGUCGCCAGGAGAAGCUGGAGGUGAGUGCCAUCAAGCUGCACGACACCCCUUCUCCCUCUCUUCUGUCUUUUGGCCGAUCCACCACCAGCUCCCUGGGCUCUGGGCUGCCGCUGGAACCCUGGCUCUCCACCCCUAUCACAUCUUCUGCCUCCUUGCAGUCACUGCCAGGCUUCAUCAGCGGCUCGCAGAACCUCCCGGGCACAUAUGCUCCCUCUCCGCCCCCAUCCAUGGCUCCAUCCUUGCCAGCGUCUAUAUUCAGCUCCCCAGUCCUGGGACACAGACCUCACCUGCCCCACAUAGGUUCUAUGUGCCCCCCACCACCAACAUACCAGUGUGCAGCCAACCCAAGAAACUCCAGUAUAGCCUCACUGAGGAUGAAAGCCAAGGAGCACAUUCAGUCUAUUGGGAAGACAUGGUGAUGCCAACUGAAGGAUUAAAAUGGACAUAAACAUUCAGAAGACAGUGGUUUGAAAAGGUUUUAUCUUCCUGCUGAUUGGAUUGUAAAAUUUUGAACACUUGGACAUUCCAUAAAAAAGCUUCAAAAUCCUCAUCAAUGAUACAUAAGUUCCUGUAAAAUUGUGAACAAGUGAAAUAACUAUAAAGUAUAAGAAUUUGUUUGAAUGUGCUUUGCUUAUCAUUUGUUAGAAAUUUGUUUCAAAUGUGAAGUUUUGUUUUAUCUUAACCUUGUCUCAUUUUAGCAAGGUGUUUUGUUAUCAAUAUAACGAACAUCUCCAAUGGUGCCCAUUUGUAUGGUUUUAUUCUUUUGAUGGCAAUACAACAAUAUCUAUUUUGCUGAUCAUCCACAGUCUUUUGACUGAAAUAGUGAAGAAUGAAGUACUGUAACAAAUGUAAUAUAUUUUUUGUCUGUACAAUAAACUCACAAAAUAUAAAAAU